CUCGUGAGGGGGUGUUGCUUCCGGAGUAGCUGGAUGUAGAAGAAACUGUAAAUACAGUUAGUCUGCCAACAUCAGAGAUGAUCUGCUGCGCGGCAUCAUGGUCUGCUUGAAGCCGACAAUGGGAGUGAUUAUUCUAAUGUCAGUUCAUUUUUUAUUCUCUAUUAAGACGGGGUGUGGUAUGAAGCAGGCUGAAACCUGUAGGCCUAUUUGUACGGAGGGGGACUGCAUUACCGUUAACCAAGACAGAGUGGACUUUAAAACUGCUGAGGCAGCAUGCAGGGGCAGGAGCGCAGAGCUACUGACACUUCACCCCGAGGCAGAUGAGAGCAUCCUCCACACUUUGAGUCAAGAGCUGGCUGGACACUUCUGGAUCGGGCUGCGUUUACCAGCCGGCGCUUGCAGCAACCUUUCGUCUCCGCUCAGGGGCUACGAGUGGAUCUCCGGCGGCACACACAGGAGCUUCGUGGCAUUCCCCGGCACCUGGAGAGACAGCGUCCAAGUCUGCUCUCCGCAUUGUGUGUCGCUCUCGGACGAUCAAAAGUGGACAGAGAGACGUUGCUCGGACAGGGCCGAUGGUUAUCUGUGCAGAACAAAGCACAAAGACGCGUGUCGGGCACAAGAGUUGUCCGAUCCAACCGUUUUCCAAAGCCCUAAAGGCUGUUCGACAGGGCCCUGUGAGCACGAGUGCACAAAUGUCAAAGGGGGUUAUAAAUGCUCCUGUUUCAGGGGAUACAUCCCAGACAGCAAAGACCCCAGGCAGUGCAAAUUGCACUGUGGCAAACAGAAAUGCCCCUGCAACAGACAAACCGGGAGCGCCUGCUACUGUCCCGAGGGCUUCAUCAGGGACGAGGAUUUCUGCCUGGACAUCAAUGAAUGUGAGCGGGGGGAUUGUGAUCAGGAGUGUAAAAACUUGUUUGGAACAUUCCAGUGCUCCUGCCGACAAGGAUUUGUACUUAAGGACAAUUCCAAAUGCAUCAAAGCGGAGGCGGGUGAGAGUUUUCCCAUCACGACCGUGGGUCCUGUCAAACCUGAUGAUAAUACUCCUAAGACUUCUUCUGCACCUACUGGGGGUUUGCUGUGGAUCUGGAUUUUGACUGCCGUGGCCGUGGUCGUGUUCAUAUGUGUGGUAAGGUUUUACGUUGUGAAGCGGCAGAAGCGCAGAGAACAAAACUCCAGUCAACCGUCUCCUGCUCCUGUGGAUAAUAUUGACUGUUAACACUGGUUCCACUGGCCGUUUGACAGUGAUAGUCUGGGAGACUUGCAUCUUGUGAACUGUCUUUUGCAUCUCAGAUGUCUGUAAAACACUUCCAAAGUCAAUUGAUGAUUGCAUUUGGAUUACAGGAAAUGUCUUAUCCAUCGUAGAUAUUCCAGCUGGAGCUGAGGAUUCAUCUGGAUAUACUGCCUGGGCAGUUUCAAAUCUCAGUUCCUUCAAAUUUCCCCGAGUAACUUGUUUUGCGAUGUAUAAUCAGCAUUUGUACUUGUGCAUACACAUUGAACUUGUGCGUGAAACUAUUGAAGCAUCAAAGCACACCAGCGAAGGGCGAUUGGACGUGUGCUCAUUCAUGUGACAUGUUAUGCAAUUAAAAUCUGACAUCAUCCAUUCAUUCACA